AUGGCGACAAACGGCACCAAAACCGAUGGCCAAGUAACAGAACUGAAUGAGGUGGCCGCCAAUAAUGACAAGCCUAAAUCGCUGGACGUCAAACCUGAAACUAAGAAAAAGGAGUUGCCAGAUAGAGAAACAUGGGCGGGAAAAUUUGAUUUUCUCCUGUCAUGUGUGGGUUAUGCAAUUGGACUGGGCAACGUGUGGAGGUUUCCAUAUCUCUGUGGCAAAAACGGCGGAGGGGCCUUCUUGAUUCCCUAUUUUUUGACUUUAAUAUUUGCUGGAAUGCCCUUGUUUCUACUGGAAUGCUCCCUGGGUCAAUACACCUCAAUUGGGGGGCUUGGUGUGUGGAAACUGGCUCCUAUGUUUAAAGGUGUGGGCCUUGCUGCUGCAGUCCUUUCCUUCUGGCUUAACAUUUACUACAUUGUAAUCAUUUCCUGGGCUAUAUAUUACCUGUACAACUCAUUCACCGCUGAAUUGCCGUGGAGCUCAUGCAACAAUCCUUGGAACACUGAGAAGUGUUAUACAAAUUACUCCAUUCCAGACACUACUAAUCUCACCAGUGCAGUGGUGGAGUUUUGGGAGCGCAAUGUGCAUGAAAUGACCGAUGGCUUGGAAAAACCAGGCCAACUUCGAGUGCCACUGGCAAUAACGUUGGCCAUUGCUUGGGUCCUGGUCUACUUCUGCAUCUGGAAAGGAGUCGGCUGGACAGGGAAGGUUGUUUAUUUCUCAGCUACAUAUCCCUACUUUAUGCUCUUCAUUCUCUUCAUUCGUGGAGUGACCCUUCCUGGGGCAGUAGAUGGAAUUCUGUUCUACAUCACCCCAGAUUUUGAAAAGCUCAAAGAAUCUGAGGUAUGGCUGGAUGCAGCAACCCAAAUCUUUUUUUCCUACGGCUUGGGAUUGGGGUCACUGAUAGCUCUCGGAAGCUACAACCCUUUCAAUAAUAAUGUUUACAGAGACUCCAUUAUUGUGUGCUGCAUCAAUUCAUGCACCAGCAUGUUUGCUGGCUUUGUAAUCUUUUCCAUUGUUGGCUUCAUGGCAAACGUAACAAAGAAGGAAAUUGCAGACGUUGCAGCGUCAGGUCCCGGCUUAGCUUUUCUGGCAUACCCAGAGGCUGUAACCCAGUUGCCUGUAUCUCCACUGUGGGCUAUUCUGUUCUUCUCCAUGCUGCUCAUGCUGGGGAUAGACAGUCAGUUCUGCACUGUGGAGGGCUUCAUUACUGCUUUAGUGGAUGAAUUUCCCAGAGUGCUUCGAGGUAGACGAGAGAUUUUCAUCGCAGUUGUCUGCCUGGUGUCUUAUGUGAUCGGCCUUUCAAACAUCACACAGGGUGGGAUUUAUGUGUUCAAACUGUUUGACUACUAUUCUGCCAGUGGAAUGUGUCUGCUCUUCUUGGUCUUUUUUGAAUGCAUCUCCAUAUCCUGGUGCUACGGUGUGAACAAGUUCUAUGACAACAUCCAGGAGAUGAUCGGCUACAAGCCUUGUCUGUGGUGGAAGCUUUGCUGGGUGGUGUUCACCCCCCUCAUUGUUGCUGGGGUGUUCUUGUUCAGUGCCGUACAAAUGGUUCCUCUCACAAUGGGAGACUAUGUGUUCCCAGGCUGGGGUCAGGGAGUGGGCUGGCUCAUGGCACUGUCCUCAAUGGUUCUCAUUCCAGGAUACAUGCUGUAUAUGUAUCUUGGCCUCAAGGGCACCUACAAAGAGCGACUUCGGAUAAUGCUUCAGCCUCCGGCCGUUGUUAGGCGACCACAGGAAAACGGACCUGAGCAGCAGGUGGAAACCAACACUGCCAACCUAUCCAGCCCCGCCAAUCCAGCUAACCCAACCAGCCCGACUGAUCCGGUCCCCGCAAACCCGGCUCCAGUGAAUGCCACCAGCCCAGUAGCCCCCGCGAACCCGGCUCCGCCACCCACCAAUCCUCCGGCUGCUGCUGCUAGUCCUGUGAACCCAGCAACGAGUCCCACCAUCGUGACCACCAUCACCACAACCGCCACCACCGUGGCCAGUCUGGCCAACCCUGCGACAACAACAGUCAGUCUAACAAGUCCUCCACCGAACCCGCCUAUUCCAAUGGAGCCUGUUAACCCUCCAAACCCAGCAAGUGUGACCUCUAACCUGACCACUGCCGAGGCCAACGUGUAG